CGCGAUUAUAUCCAAAUUUGGAAUAUAUUGAUCUUAGUGGAUGUAAAAAUAUUACUGAUGUAUCUAUUUGUGAUAUUGCGCAUUAUUGUCAAAAACUUGAGCAUUUCGAUAUUUCUAGUUGUGAUAUUUCCGAUUUAGCUAUAGAAAAAAUUGCAACUUCAUCUAAUAAUCUAAAAUUUCUUAAUAUACAAUUAUGUGGGGGUAUCAGCGAAAAUGCGGUAAAAAAACUUAACUCGAACAUUAAAGUAAAAGGUAUUGAUCGAUUUGCCUGGGUAGUUCCACAUAUUUCCGCUCGAAGAGCCAUGACUUUUAA